AUUGCGUCCCCCAUCAUAUGCCUUAGCUGGCCUCAUACCUGUGCAUUGUACAAUUGAUAGCAGGAGGCAGCUGGACGCCAACAGUCCAAUGUGAUAUUUGUUGCGGUGAAGUGAUUGAGUUAGUGAAUGUGCAUCGGGUGUGUGAUUGCUACCAAGAAGAACACUUUCAUAACUUCGAUUAAACACGAUAAGAAUUUAAUCCAAAAUGAUCAGUUAACCCGCGAUUUAGCCCAUGGCUGCAGAAUCUGACGGAGUAUUUGGAAUGGUGCCGGGUUCAGAAGAUGAACAACCUAUGGACUUGAGCCGAGCAUCUCGAAAAUCAACACGCCUUAUGCCGCCCCUUAUCCCGAUUAGUCUUCUUCGUUCUGGCUGUCACCACAGACGUUUCGUAAGAAGAGACACUGCAGGCACGAAGCGCGUUGCCAUAGCUCAGCAAAUGUCUGUAGUGAAAAGUGAGUCAGAGGAAAUAGUGCCAGAAAAACUCAAACAUAAUGCUAAAGAUUAUGACUGGACAGAGACCCAGGAUUCUCCGAAACGCAGUCGGUUAUGCAGUGAAAAUGGCUGGGUGGGCCCCGCGCGACUGGAUCGCGCGAGAAGUGUACCUCAGUUAACUCCACUCCCGUCACUCCAGCGACAUAAAUCUUUGAGUGAAUCUCGCAUCCCGGUCGCUGCGGCAGAAGCUGAAGCCAAGGCAAAUGCCGGCGAGGAAGCCUUCCCUAGCUGGGGAGCAGAUAGUCCCAGUGAACAUCUCAGUGAAGAAGAUCUACGGCAAAGACUUCAGUUCGCUGAUAACGACGCACUUCUCAAAUCCUCCUGGAUCUACAUUGGUUACUACUCACAAAUGCUGCAUCGCUUCCAGGCGCAGGAACUUCUGCGUCAGCUCGCCCUGCAGCAUCAGCGAGAUAGCCCAGACGAGCAGAUUGAGGGGAUGGCAGCUAGUGCUACAUCAAAGGCAUCAAAUCCUUCAGAAGAUACAUGUGACAUGAAGCGGAGGCAAGCACGGCCAUUAACUGGGAAACAUGUGAGACCAGGAACAGGAGCCAGUCCUGCCACACUACUUUCUCUGCGGCGCAAGAUACAAGCACGCCAACAACAGCAUGAUGGCCAGCAACUGCACAAGUAGCAUAUGACACCAAUUGGGAUAUUUGUGAACGAAUAUGGUGUGCAGAGGUCUUUAUUACCGAAUGUAGUCAUUUCUGCAUUAAGUAUUAACCUAAAUGCACAAAUUCAAACAUGUUGUUCAGAAACCGACAGAGAUGUUAUCUUUCUAGUAUCAUAAAAUGCAACUAUUUUAUUUUCUAAGGCGUUUUGCGCAAUGGAUGGCAUAUUAAAAUAAAUUCCCUGAUUCCAAUUUCUGUUGUGUGAUACUUUGCAUUUUAAAAUGUGCUUGUUUUUCUUCUCAGCCACAUAUGAGAUACAUUUCAAUAAACUGUAGUAAUUCAAAUUUUAAAGGUGACAGAAUUCAAGACAUCUGUGGCCAUUACCAACAUUUCAUUUACUUGAUUAUUUAAAGAGUCUUCCAAACAUGCAGGUUAAUGACCAUGUGUUCAGUACUGGUGCCUGUGAUCUUUGGUACAAAUGAUGUGAAUUUUUACAUAUUUUAAUAAAAUAAUUAUUACAAUUAUUUGAUAGCAUACAUGAAAUAUUUAAUAUGUCAAAUAUUUAUUAUUUUUAUACUACUCAGUUUAAUAUAGUUUUAAUUUUGUAAGCAAUGUCACUUGGCACAACCAUGUUAGUAAGUAUACCUUGAACUUUGUAACUUUGAGGUGUAUGCUCUAGGGCAAUGAACCUUCCAGAGGAGGGGAGACUUGAGAAUACUAUUUGGCUCAUAAAACUAUUUCAACAGUGGUAUGAAUAUAACAUUAUGAAGCACCAAUAGAUGUAGUAGAGUAUGGAGGGGUGAAAAUCCUCAUCAUAUACCAAAGCUUCUCUAAUACUAAAAGUAGUUCUUCAUAAUAAAAAUUUGUAACUUUGAUUCUUUAAAUUCUUGCUAGCUUAAGAGAUGAAAUUACUAGGUACUGAUAUUAAAUUAAAGAUUUAAUUAAAUGUAAGUUCAUUUUACCUAAUCUUUCAAAACAAGAGCACAGCAAACUGAAAGGAACCCAAAAAUUGUAUUUAGUCUUAAGACAUUUAAAUAUACUGUGUUAAAAUCUAAGGGUAUGAAGCAGAAAAUUAAAUUUGAGGUUAAUUAUACUCGGUGAAUUAAGUAAUAUGGAGAAGAGCCUGCUGUCUCUACCUAGCACCUGAAGUUCUUGCAAAAGCAAUUAUACAUAUAUCAUAAUGUAGACAGUCCCAUAACCUACAUUCAAAUUAGUAUGAGUCAGAAGCAUUGGUGCUGUGCUAAACCAGCUCAGUGAAAGGAUCUUGAACGUUAGGUGAAAAGCAUUGGAAUAUAAGUAACGAUUUAAUUAUGACAGUACAGUGUUUUAAGAUAUUUCAUAUUAUAAACAAAAACGUGCAUUUCAAGCACUAAAUUGUAGCCAUCCAGUAACGGGAUUUUUCAGUUAUAUGUAGAUGCUCUUUUCCCAAGCCUGGAGAUCCACUAUGAAAUCGUAUUCAGUAUAUUAAUCUACACAGAGUAUGAAUGUUGGAUUGUAUUGCAUAAAGUAUAUUAUAAUUCAGAAGUAUCUAGGUCAUAAUGUUUCAGUUAUACAGUAGCUGCAUUUAGGUAAAGAAAUAACGAUUUUCAUGAAAGUCAAUAAUCCCUUGACAAAAGAGAGCAUGAGUUUACUAAAAUAAAUUUCCAUAUUGUGUUAAAGUUCACUUGACACAUUUUUGUCAAAUUUAAUUCUGUUUUCUAUAUAUAUGUUGCUGUUAGGAAACGUGUACUUCAAUUACAUGCAGUAGCAACUGAUGACAUUGUCAAGCAUAGAGUUCAGAUUGGUUACCGUGUAUGGUGUUACAGUUUUUAUGACACCCUUCUUAGGGCUAACAUACAGAUCAGAACAUCACUCAAUCUCAGACCACCACCACCACCUCCACUGCUAUUGCUUCCUACCCAUUUUCAAAUAAUUCUACAGAAUGUUCUGGAUGGAAAAUACAGUAGAAUCAUCUCAGAGCUUCCCACAAAUUGAUCAGCUGCUUCACAUAUAUAGUCAUGCUGCAGAAAUUACACUGUAAGCAGAAUUGUUAGGCCUGUAGCCUAACAAAUUACAAAUAACUCUUACUGACUAAAGCAGAUGCUGAAUGAAGUCAGCAAUAAGCUUUAACAUUCCCCUCAAAUAUCCCUGAUAUAUCUUGGACAGGUGACCAUGGUUUCAAGUUUCAAGUUUAAUCUAUAAAAAGAAAGGAACUUCAAUGCGUGAAUGUAAAUUUUUACGGAGAUUCCAGGAAUUCAUGUAUAAUAACAAAGAACCCUUAAUGCAUCUGUUGUGAUCUGAGUGAGUUUUGUUUGUAGUACGAUAAGCUACAGGCUUGACAAUUCUACUAGGAGUCUGAAUCUUUGUGAUGCUACUGCACUGUGUUCAGUCAAGGAGGAAACUUUGUAACACUGCUGACUGGGCAGUCAGGAUCUUUAGCCUGAGUGGCUCAAGGAUUUGUAAGAUGAUCACACUGUAUGGUGCACAUCAACAAGUUGGCACAGUGAACAAAGAGAAUGGCUGGAACCUGAAAGUGAACUCUAUAUAUGAGUUGUGUGUUACUUGCUGCACUGUCCCAUUAUGAGUAUCAGCACUGGAUGAAUGUCAAAUUUGAAAUGAGGAUGAACUGGCAUGUUUCCCUUAUAUUAUUUUCCUUGAUGUUUUGUGUUUGAAUUCCAGCAUCGAUACAUUGUUCAACUUCAACCCCUCACACCAUCAGUAUGUACUGUAAAAAAUUAUCUUUUUUGUAUGAUUUGAAGUUUUUACAUACAAUGAAUAUGCUGAAAUCUUCUCAGGUGAUUCAUCGUGUCAAUGUUACAUUAGAAACUAACAUCAACCUUGAUGAUGGAAAAGGAAGAGAUCUCUAAUAUAUUCAUUUAUAACUCAACAUGGACACAGCUGAUUGCCCAAGAUGAUUUUAGCACUUCAUUCUUCUCUCUGUCACUAACAUCUUAUCUUUUAAGAUAUGGGCCUACACAGUAUCUGUUUCAUCCAAAACAGUGCCUUAUGUCAACAUUCAUAUUAAGAUAUACAUUUAUUAUUAUUUGCUGCUGAACAGAUAUGGUAGGUUAAUUCUGGUGCAUUUGCUUUGGAAUUCACUCAAAUAUGUUCCAGCUUGAUAGGAUGAUAAAAACACUAAAAGUUAAUGGAGCUACAAGAUGAAACAAAUAGAAUUCUUUUCACUGGUCUCUCAAAUGAUGAGUUCAUUCACUAUUGCUCUCUAACAUAAAAUCCCUAAGCUACAAAGGAAAGCAGGAAUUUUGUGAAAGAUAAGUUAGAACUGAUGAAAUAAAAGAGGAUUUAUGUAAUAACUGCAGAUACUUUUAGCACGAUAUAUGGAAGAUAAGCCCUCAUAAUCUAUAUGAAACAAAAAAUGAAAAGAAAACAAAACAAGAGAUAAGUUUUAUUUUAAACAAUCACACAUAGCAGCUAGAAAUUAAAGUAAUAUAUAUGAAUUGUGAAAAUAUAGGAAACUCUUGUUGUAACAAAUGUGUGAGGACAUCAGAAUUUUUAUUUAUUUUAAAGUGUAUUGUAACGAAAAGGGCUUGUUUAGCUGUUUAAUCAGUAUUAGUGGAAGCAAAUUAUACUGUAUAAAAGCCAAUGUUUUAUUUAUAUUCAUAAAAAGGUCCCUAAUUGAAAGAAUAAAUCAGUCUCUAUUUCAAAGGCACCAAAUAUAUUCAGAUUCCCAGAAGUAAAACGGAAACCUUGUCAGAAAUAUUCCGCCAUUCUGCAUGCGGAUGUUUAUGGUAGCCAGCUGGAACAUCAGUUGAUUUUUAGCAGGCUACAUGGUGAUGUAUCUCAGAAGAUAGAAUUCCUAUACAUAAAUGAAGUAAAUAUUGAACAUUAUGUCAUCAUGAAGGACAUUACUAACUUUUCUGUGUGUGUGUGUGUGUGUGUGUUUGUGUGUUUGUGUAUGUAGGGGCAAGGGGAGAUUGUGGGUGAGCACACACAUGCACACAGACAAAGGCUGAAUGUGUCGAAGUCUUUUGAGUACAGAAGUGGUGCAUUUUUCAUAACUGUGUUUCAUAGUAAAUAUCAGUAUAAAGAACACACUUUAAAGAGUAAUUACAUGUGUCUAGUUUGUAGUUCUCCCUCACCCCCUAUUAACUGUGGAUCAAGUAAUCAAGUGUAUUGAAUCAGUGUUAAAUUGUUGUGUAUUCUGGGACAAUUAUACCAAAGAGGUGUUGAACAGUAUGAAUAUGCAUUUUUAAUACUAAAAGAAAAAAGAAAUUAUUCUGUAACUAGAAUAACUGGACAACUGGAAAAUUUGGAUUUGUUUUCAGCAGAGGCAAAGAAUUUUUCUUUUUCUGUAUUGUAUCCUGAUUGGGUUUGGGGUCCAUCCACCCUCUUAUCAAACAAGUACCAGAGGUCAUUCCCUGGGAGUAAAGCUAUCAGGGCAUAAAGCUGACUACUCACCUUCAUUUAGUGCCAAGGUAAAGAAUAUGUGGAGCUAUAUCUCCACACCUGCCAUUUAUUCAUGGUGUGAUGGUCAAUUAAGCACAGGGAUAACUUUAAUGUAUGUUAUUGCCCACAAAACAGCCUAAGACAUUUGUCUAUAAAAAGAAUGAUAGUAUAUUAACUAGCCUUACAGCUGUAACCACAACAGUGAGGUAUGCUUUUAUGAAGCUUUUGUGGUAAGAUAUUUUGUACAAGAAUAGUCUUUUAGAUAUUACUGAAAUUAUGAUUUCAAUUAAAAUUUGAAAUUUUUGUCAUGAAUUAUUUUGUUACUGUUUUAACCCUUGUGCCAUAAUGGAAGAAUAUAAAUUUGAUCACAGAUAAAAUUUAAGUACAUAUUUUUAUAUUUUAAAGAAAAUAUAUAAUAAUAUUACUGUACUUUAUUUGGUAACAGAUGGUGAAAGAAAUUUGAUGUAAUGAGUAAGUAUCACUUUGCAGAAACUGGGUUUGUAUUUGUGUUCUGAAUUAACCAUUUAAUUAAUAAUGAAAUUAAUUUUGUCAUAAACUGAAGUACUAUCCAGAUCUGGUCCUAUACGCAUUUGAACAUAUUUAAUGUUAACCAACUUGAAAUAAAUCUACCGGUUAAAAUUAAAUUUUUGCACAGGCCUAUUUCAUUAUAUUCUAUCUUGUAUUAGAAGUGUGUUAUGGAUUCCUGGUGAAAUUGAAUGUAUGUUUGUAAUUCUGUACUUUUUUAAAUAUAUGCACUCUUUUUAAAUUUCUUGGUCUCUCCUCAGUAUGUAAGAUAUCUGUUCAUUUAUUUCUGAAAAAAAAAACUGAAUUUAAAGAAGGCAAAUAUUUCAGUCACAGAAAUUAAUUUAACAUUAUAAAUAUUUUCUUCUAGGUUCCCAAACCUUUAACAGUAGUCAUGCCACCUUUAUAUGCUUUGAGUGUUAUUUUAUUAUUCUAUUCUAGGGGGAUGUGGGCUAUUUAAUGAUGAUGCAUGAACUGCAGAAGAAAUUUAAAAUGACAAGAUCGAAGGAUGAUACUCAGCAGGUUGUAGCAAUACUACUCUACACUUCUAUAUUAGGGUACAAGGUUCAGAUCUUGGCUCCAUUACCACCUAAUCUAACUGAUAUGACUCUUCAUUUUCAACAUUCUCUGUAGAAAAAUGCCAGAACAGGAUGUUCAAAAGCCUAAAACAUCCUUUAAAUUACUGUCUACUCGCCAUUCAUGAUCAUUUUCCUGUACAGCUGAAGAGGUAAUCAGAAAAUAGCAUAAGAAAAUUUCAGAAGAUGAUCAUGUAUAAUCAAUAUGAAAGAAUAGGGGAUUAAGUAUCGGCCUAUUUUAUGCUAUCCUGCCAUUUUUCUGGAAUCACUGAUGAAAACAGAAAACACUGUGAAAAGUUCUCUGUGAUACAACCUCAUGUAGUCUGCUGAAAUCCAACCAACUACACAACAUUAUAUCCCAGAAGACAAACUCUUCACAGCCACCUCCAUGAGAAUCUCAGCUCCUACAGAAAUUUCUCUGUUAGGAUAGCCAAUACAUUGGGCAAGACUAAAAUUCUAUACCUCACAAAUACUGGUCACACAUAUUUCUGCUUGGGCUCAUAUAUUUGGUUAUAUUAUAACUGCAUCAGACAUUAUUUGUAAUUUGUCGCAGUGUGAUUUAUAGAAUUUUGGGUAGGGAUGAAGUCAUGCUAGAUAACUAGUUUCCACCUGCAUCAUGCUUCUAGGGAGCAUUUACCCUCUGAUAUUGCUAAUCAAACGGUUACUAAAUACAGAAAAUUUAAAAGGGGAAAAUAUAGUAAGUAAAUAUAGUGAUAAAAUUCCUCUCUCACAGUCAUAAUAUUGUCACGUGUUGGAUAACUUCAGGCCGUAUUGGACAUAGCGAAUGUAUUGAACACUCGCUC